AUAUCAUCCACCUUCCUCCUUCCCCUCCUACACUAAACUCCCUACCCCGUCAAUUGGAUUGCUUCUCCUCGGAAUCUGGUCCAUUGACGUCGGAGAUCCUUGUACUCUUACCCACUCACCCCCUGUCCCCUUAAACAACAUGGCACCCCGAAUACAGAACUCGGUCGUCUCCAACUCUCUCCUCCCUUACCUCACCACAUCAUCUACCUCAUCCUCCUCCACAUGUCUUCCCAGGCUAGCUACUACAUGCCCCUCAUCACAAGAGUCAUGGCGUUCGUGUCGGUCAUUUUCGUCCACGCCGGUCCCUCAAACUACUAGGCGUCGCAGAGAGAUGUUUGCGUGGCUCAACACCGACGCAGCUAAGUUGAGAACCCAUACCCCAGGCUCAACAAACUACCUCAUGCGGACCAAUCCCAAACUCAAGGAUUCACCGGCUGUUGAGACCAGAGUUUUUCCGGCAAAUCCUGCCUACCGCUCAGAGAGCAUCCUCAGUGAGGAGCUGCGGACGGAGAUCUACAACCGGGUAGUAAUAAAGAAAAAGAGUGUGCGUGCUGUCAGUGUCGAGCUGAAGGUCGACAUGAGGAGAGUCGCUGCUGUAGUCCGGCUGGUCGAGUUAGAAAAGCGGAUGGAGAAACAGGGUAAACCCUUGGCUGUGCCCUACGCUCGUGCCAUUCACGAAAUGAUUCCCGUAACACCUCCCGAGCAGGCCCAUGAAGAAAUCAACGAACUGCCCGUCCACCGCCUCACCAACCCUCAAAUCUUCUAUCCCGUCUCUGAAUCCCGCCAAUUCAACCGUGUUGACGCUGGCCGUGUUUUCUCCGCUGCCCCGGCUUUAGAACACGAGAAGCUUGCCAAGGAUGUUGCUAAUCCGUCUGAGGCCAUCAGCCGGGUUACUCAGAAUCCCUCGCGCAUCGAGCUCGUCGGCAAAGGCGAUGAAGAACAUCAGGUCCUCCAGGCGGCGGACGUGCGUAUUCCGCACCCGCACAUGGUCACAAGUACCCGUGACAUAAAUGAGGUACCGAAUGAGAUUCGCCAACACCCCAAGCUCUACAAGGCUCGCCUCAGGGCGCAAGAGGCUGCCGAUCAAGAGCGCAAGCGUCUCGCCCAGGAGCGUAAGGAGGAGCAGACGCAGCGUGUACAGCCCGAGGAUUCUCGCUUCGAGUUCCGUAUCAACGACGUUGUCGUCAGCCAGGAAACCACCGGCAAGGAUGGUCGCAACGCUCGCGCUCCUGGUCGCAGAUACGGUGUCCCCAGCUACGACCGGAAGAAGGGCCAGGUCAAGAUCCCCACCCGUGUGGAGGUCUAAGCUUGCAAAUCUUGACCUUGGAUUACAGCCCCCCUUAUUCCUUCGUCACUCAUGUUUAUUUCCUCCCCAAAUGACAUGAAAUAUCCCUGUAUAGCCCGUCCAUCUCGCAGUGCGGUAUGGAUGGUGGAUGUAUUUGUAUGCCCCUCUUGGUUGCCUUGUAUUUCAGCUGUACGAUACAGUCCUUUUCGACUGGUUGAUCGAUUGAUAUUUCCUUUUCUCUUUUUUUUUUUUUCCGAGGAGCUUGUUCGGUUACUACCCCACCUAUUUUACUUGGAAGCCAUGAAUAUGUAUCUAUAGCCCUUUUACUACUAUCUAUCACCUACUUACCUCUCUUCGAACUGGAUACAUCAAUACUACACUACAUAUAAGAGUUGAA